AAAAAACAACUGCAGUUGCAUACAUGGGUCAUAGUAAAAUAGAAUCCAACUUCGAUUGUCAACCACUGCAUUCAAAUUGAAGGCUAUCUAAAAAGGAAUAUGCAGUCAACCAUUCUAUCGCUGAUGAUAGUAACUGCAUUUGCUGCAUAUGGGCACUGUUUAAAGUGUUACAACUGUAACAGCCUAACGGAUGCAAAUUGUGCUGAUGAUAACUUUGGCUUGCGCCCGAAGUCAGGAACAUGCCGAGGGAGAAUACUGGACCCAGCAACUAUGAAUACCCCUGCUGUUCAAGCUCAAAUGCUUUCAAAAUCAUUGGAUACAUGUUGCGAGGGCGACGAUGUAGUAUGCCUGAAGACACAGUUGACAAUUGCUGGCCUAACACAAUUCAAACGAACGUGCUAUAGGGUCAAUAUUGACACAUCAUGUAAUAAUCUGACAGUAGGUAGCAUGAAGGUCAGGACAUGCUUUUGUAAUACAGAUUAUUGCAACGCCAGGGAUACUGUGCAACCACAAGUGACAACAGGAAAAGUGACAACUGACACCGGAAGUCGAGCUCCGAUAAUGUCGACAGUCUCAACAAUACAGAACGAAGACGGAACCGAGCAUCAAACUUCGAGGAUAUCGACGGUGCCGACAACACAGAACAUAAAUGUUUUAAGGUGCUACAAGUGCAACAGCUACUGGAAUGAUAACUGUACUGAUGAUAAUAAUGACUUCAGCAACACAGAGACAUGUGAAGGAACCGAUAUAAUGUGUGUGAAGGAGAAAAGGACAGUCGGUGAUAUUACUCAAAUCGCGCGUGAUUGCUUCGAGGCCAAUCAGAACGAAGGAUGUACGAGUACUACGAUCGGUGAAUACAAACAUGAGCUGUGUUACUGUAAAUCAGAUUACUGCAACGGUAUCGUCGGUGUUCGACCACAUUUCUUGAUCCUACUGACCGUCGUCUUGGUCGUUCUGCUCAUUUAAAGAAGGACAUCGGGAGGCAUGAAUGGUGAAAUCCUAUCCAAACUAUGAAUAUAACUAUUCAGAAAUGUAUACUAGAAUGGACUGUUAAAUAUUGUCUUAGAGUUGAAUUUAGUGUUCAACAACAUCAUCUUGCUGGUUGGUAUUUGAACAAUCUGAGAAUAAUACUCUUAUCAUCUAAAUGUAUCUAUUCAAAAAAUAUUUAAGUGCGGAAAAUGCUGCAUCUCAUUUACUGCUUUUUACAGUUUCGAUUUUUAUAAGGAAAAAAAUUCCAUGGUUAAAAUCAUGCCAUACAUGACAUCAAGGUUGAAUAAAUGGUACAUUUAUUGGAUUUUAUUGCUAUUGUAAGCAAAAAACAUGCAAUCUACAUCAGACCAGUUGUAUGUACAUUAAACAUCUUGAAUUUCAUUUUUUAUGCCACCACCAGAAGUGGUGAUAUAUU